AAUCAAAUCCACUGGGAUCUUGGUUUCAUCCGAUUGGUCAGGGAUGCUGCAACAGGGGGGGGCGAGAACAAUAGCAUCAUUCCGGCAUAAAAAGAGUGGAGCUAUGCCUUGGAGACGAAAACAUUUCAGCAACAGAAGGAUCGAUAUACUGUGGAGAUAAAGUCCCACAAGCUUCUAGUGUUGCCAUAUUUUUAACAAACCUGGAUACUCGAGACAUCACCCGCCUCCCCGAAGUGCCUUUCAGCUGUGACUCGCCAAGAUGCCCAAAGGGUUCCUGGUAAAAAGAAACAAGAAAUCUGCACAUGUUUCCUACAGGACUCGGUCAGACGAAGAUGACCUCCAGGAGCCACCCACCCCAGCUGCCUUGCAGAGUCAUCCGGACCCCUCCCCGCCCAUGUCCGGGGCGUCUAGUCCGGACCGCGCCGCAGCAUCGCCGGAUUUCACAGCAGCUGAUGCCCCUGUGCCAAGACUGGAGAAGCCGGCACAGUUCGGCAACCCGGAGGCGGUGUGCCAAGCCCUCUACAGCCCCACCCGGCCCAUCAGCAAAGAGCACGACAGGGGAUAUUUUGAGCGAAGUUUCAAUCUGGGCUCGCCUAUUUCUGCCGAGUCAUUCCCGACACCUGCGUCCCUCUCCGGUCUGGAUCAUCUCCUGUACGCACCGGUCGACCUGAAGAUCGGCACCAGCAACAGCAGCCGUAGCGGCACCAUCACCACCAGCAGCAGCAGCAGCAGCAGCAGUAACAGCAGCAGCAGUAACAGCCUCCCGGCCCCAAACAACCGGCCUGCCACCAAAAGACCCGCAACUGAUGCUCCGGAGCGCAAAACUAAGCCUGCGCCCAAGAAACCCAAAGCCAUUAGAAAACUCAACUUUGAAGACGAGGUGACCACUUCUCCUGUGCUGGGGCUCAAAAUCAAAGAGGGGCCGGUGGAGAUGAAGCCCAGGGCGCAGACCUCCGGAGGAAACAAGCCUUUAGGGGAGUUUGUGUGCCAGCUGUGCAAAGAGGCGUACGCGGAUCCUUUCUCUCUGGCUCAGCACAAAUGCUCCCGCAUCGUCAGGGUCGAGUACCGGUGUCCCGAGUGUGACAAGAUGUUCAGCUGCCCGGCCAACCUCGCCUCUCACCGCCGCUGGCACAAACCCCGGACCGCCGGGCCACCUGCGAUGCCCCCCGCACAGGGCAUCAAACCUGAAAUGGCCAAAAUGCCACCGCUGGGGGUCAAGUCAAUCUCCGACGAAGCCAAAGACAUGAGUGACAGAGACACCCCUAGUCCAGGUCUGUCCGAGUCGGGUUCUGAAGAUGGUUGUUACGACUGCCAGUUCUGCGGGAAGAGGUUUAAGCGACAGGCAUACCUAAGAAAACACAUCAUGGGACACCAGGCCUUGCAAAAGAAAGUGUUGGAGGAGCACGGGUUUCAAAGCAGCGAGCGCGCAGUAGAGCAGCCUCCGGUGUCCUCCUCCUCCUCAUCCUCAUCAUCAUCCUCAGCAUCCUCCUCCUCCUCCUCAGAGGAAGCCUCAAACCAAAGCCCCCUCAAUCUGAGCCCGGUGGACUGCCUACUGUGCCCGGUGUGCGGGGAGAGUUUCACCAGCAGGGCCGGCCAGGAGAGACACCUGCGCCUCAUGCACUCCUCCCAGAUUUACCCGUGCAAAUACUGCCCCGCCACUCUCUACAGCUCACCGGGGCUCACCAGGCACAUAAACAAGUGCCACCCCUCGGAGAACAGGCAGGUGAUCCUGCUGCAAAUGCCGGUGCGCCCUGCCUGCUAAAGACAACACUAAACUCGUGCCUUUAACGCAGGAAAAAAAAAAAAAAGAUAAAAAAGAAAACAAAAAAAGUGGCUUUGGGGUUAAAAAAAAUAAAGAGUCUGUGAUGCUCACUGCCAUAACUUUAGGCCAAUGAAAGGCAGGGCGGUUUGAUGUUUCAGUGGUGUUUAUGAGGUGUCUUUUCCAUGCCAAUCAGUGAUUGUUGAAUGCUUCUCUCUAUAUUUGAAUUACAUAUAGGCCUAUUUUGAGAUUUUCUUUCUCAAAUUAGUUUAUCAAGAAAAAAAAGAAUACAAAGCGUUAGUUUGACUGUUAAAGGGUAUUUUUCUAGGACAGCACGUGUACUCAAUGAUAGCUUCUAGACCUAAGAAAUGUCUUAAUUCUCAGAAACCCUUUCCCCAUUCAAAGCCUUUUGGAUUCACCGACCGUGAUUGCUCUAUCACUGUAGCUUUACGCUAGUUUGUGAAUGACAGAACUUAUCAACUUUGUCUUGGUGGAAAAAAAAGAGUGACUGAAGCAUUCCCUGUUUAGUAGAACCACAAAUGCCUUUAGUAUACAAAUAAGCCUAGUCCGAAAUAGCCUACAUACACAUCCAAAUCCCGCUGUAUAACUGCCUUAAAAGAAGUCAACAUAGAUUGUUUUAAUUUUGAAUGCUGGCACAUAUUUUAUUAUUGAAGAUUGUUGCAAUAUUUUUCAUCAUAAGUUUAUUUAUUUAUUUAUUCUAAUUAUUUUAUGUAACUUAUUGUUGUGUUUGUUGUGAUUUUUCUGUGAAUCGUUCUGGCAGUUUACAUGUCGUAUAGCCAAAAUGUUUUCUUUUGUUUUUGAUUUCUUUUUUUUUGUCAAAUUUAUGAGUUGUGAUAAUUGUCGUGGGUCGGGUUUUAAUCUUCAAUCUCCACAGCUCUUGUAAAAAAAAAAAAAAGAAAAAA